CCUCGUUCCUUCCGGUUCCGGUCCCCUAGCAAGUAGAAAGGUAAGCAAAUGCCCAGCAAAAAGAAUCGGAAUAAAUCUCAUACAUCUUACAUUGUGUGAAGCUGUUACUCUCAAUUUGAGAUAGAAGUGUAUGUCAUUGUUAUAAACAUUCACACAUUUCCCCAAAAAGCCUUCUAUUAUUCGAGAUGUAGGUUAAAAUACGCAGGGUAGUCUAGCUACCUACACGGACUGCCCUGCCAUGUCCUCGUAUCACUGCAUUUUUGUCAACGCUAGUGUGAUAGGUACUUACCACUGCCGGAUGUAACAAUUCAACUCGUUCCAAAUGUGGUGUUAUCAUUAGACUGUAUAACCCUGGUAAAAGGUUCGUUGCCUACCUCACCUGGGAAAUGAGCCCAUAGUUAGUUGUCCGAAGAAGCUAGCUUACUUAACGUUACCUACCGGCUGGGGUAGUUGACAUAUAGGGCUCCCAUUAUUGUAGUAGUUGUAGUAGGCUUAAGUUAGCCAGCCAGUAUGUGGGUAGGUAAACAUCCCUGUUAAAUUGCAUGUAGGCAAACGCUUGUCUCAUUGUCGGUUGUGUGAAUAGAUGCUGAUGCCUAAGAAGAACCGUAUUGCCAUCUAUGAGCUCCUCUUCAAAGAGGGCGUCAUGGUGGCAAAGAAAGAUGUGCAUCUGCCCAAGCACCCUGAGCUGGCCGACAAGAACGUGCCCAACCUUCAUGUGAUGAAAGCAAUGCUGGUGAGAGCAACUUCUUUUGAGUUUUUAUGUUGGUUCUAUCCUUUGAGACCGGUGCAGUUCUUGUCAAGUAGCAUGAUGUCCAUAUAAACUGUGGCUGGCGAGUUAAACGAAGACUGGAUUGUAUCUGUGAAUUCUGUGAUUUUUGUUGAUGUGAUGACCUGAGCAAGGUGAAUUUUCAUGUGCGUGGACUAGAAGUGUCACAGUGAUGAGAUUAUGCAUAUCUCUGGUGUAUUCUAGGGGUGUGCCGACAUGGCCAUACUCAUAAUCGUAUCUGUAAAUUGACGGUUGAUAGUCGGAUCGUAUGAUACUCGUGAUAGGGAAAAAAACUAAAUUUUUUAUUUAAUGUGCCUAAAUAGAUGUUGGCAAAAAUACCCCCCUGCCCAUUCUCACUGGGUGCGUGUCUGUAUCCUCAAUUUGCAGCCAGCAGCCAAGUUUGCUGUCACUCAGUCAGAAUGCGCAUUAGUGUUUAAUCUUUUUUCCCUACCCAUGCCCCACUUGUUAGAUAUUAUGCACAUUGAUAGCCUGAUAACAAACAUCCUCGCCAUGUGAUUUAUCAUAGUAGCAGGCAGGCAGCAGCAAUCUAAAUGAUCAGACCGAAAAAAUGCGAGAAAGUGAUCGAGUGAAAUUACACUGAACAAAAAUAUAAAUACAACAUGUAAAGUGUAGGUCCCAUGUUUCAUGAGCUGAAAAAAAAAAUCCCAGACAUUUUCCAUAUGUACAAAAAGCUACUUUCUCAAAAUGUUGUGCACAAAUUUGUUUACAUCCCUGUUAGUGAGCAUUUCUCCUUAGCUAAGAUAAUCCAUCCACCUGACAGGUGUGGCAUAUCAAUAAGCUGAUUAAACAGCAUGAUCAUUACACAGGUGCACCUUGUGCUGGCGACAAUAAAAGGUCUGUAAUAAAGCUAUUUUGUGGGGGAGAACUCAUUCUGAGUGGCUGGGCCUGGCUCCCCAGUGGCUGCACCCCUGCCCAGUCAUGUGAAAUCCAUAGAUUAGGGCCUAAUGAAUUGAUUUCAAUUGGCUGAUUUCCUUAUGAACUGUAACUCACUAAAACCUUUGAAAUUGUUGCAUGUCGCAUACAUUUUUAUUCAGUAUAUGAAGCGAGUGGACGGAGAAGUACAGCUUCACUCUAUCCAAUCAGAGCACCAGAAUCAACGUACAGCCCGCCCUUCUCUUUACAGACAGGCAAAUUAGCCAGUUUAGUUAUUUAGACCACGCACGUGACUGACUCAGAUAGUACAGUAUGGUUUAGAAACUCUGUGACAGACACACAAGAAACAUGCUUGAUCGCACAAAGAAAAAAAUCUGAUCGUUACAAAAAAAUAUUCGGAUCAUAAUCGUAUCCAGAAAAUUGCCCAUAUCAAUUACAAUACUCGUUUUGUCAGACGACUCGCACGGCACACCCCUAGUGUAUUCAUUAACGGAAACUUUCAUCCAAACUGAAAACGCUUUUCCAUGAAAACGAGAGUUACAAUUGGACAAAUUAAUCUAGGUCCCUCCCCGUUUGGUUCCUAUAGUAAACCGUUUGUUGUUAAACGUUUUGCAACGUAUUCCGACUAAUGAAUACACCCAUGAUGUGGAUUUUCAGACUUGCACACAGUUGGUCUACAGAAAAUGUUUUCCUAGUGUGUCAUGUCGUCUCUGAGAUUUGAAGUGUCUGUUGGAUUUUGGGGCUUUGUCUUAAUGAAAAAAUAUAUUUUUUGGCAUGUUUGUUUUUCAGUCCUUGAAGUCACUUGGGUAUGUCAAGGAGCAAUUUGCCUGGCGCCAUUUUUACUGGUACCUCACCAAUGAAGGUAUCCAGUACCUGAGAGACUUCCUGCACCUUCCACCUGAGAUUGUUCCCGCCACCCUGCGCCGCCAGAUGCGUCCUGAGACCGCGAGGCCCCGGCCCAAGGGUACGUCCACUUAUAGGCUUACCAUUUUCACACUAUUGAGCUGAACUGCACUGUGCUGGCCUGGUUACACAUUAGGGCUGGGAAUUGCCAGGGACCUCACGAUACGAUACUUAGUUGCCGAUACGAUAUGUAUUGCGAUUCUCACUUCUAUACACUACCAGUCAAAAGUUUUAGAACACUUACUCAUUCAAGGGUUUUUAUUUAUUUAUUUUUUACUAUUUUCUACAUUUGUAGAAUAAUAGUGAAGACAUCAAAACUAUGAAAUAACACAUACGGAAUCAUGUAGUAACCAAAAAAGACCACAAUUAGACAAUGAUUAUUUAAAUCAGGUGGGUUAGAGCCAGGCUGGAACAAGUCUGCAUACACUGCAGCCCUCAAGGACAGGACAGUGAGGACUAUUGGAUUUUGGACUGUAAAGUCAUAGGUACUGAUUGGACCUAAACCUGAUGUUUCUGAGUCUUUGACAUCACACCCAGCUGAGCAUUGUCUCUUCUUUUCCAGGUAUGGAGGGAGAGAGGGGAGAGCGGCCCGCCCGCUUCAACCGUGAGGGGGGUGAUAGAGACAAUUACAGGAGAUCUGCUGCACCACGUAUGUAUAGUGUGACAUGUUCUCUCUCAUCCUAACCAUCGCUUUCACCAUCUGCUGCCUAGUGUGCUUUUGUAGUGACAGUAACCCUGCCUUGGGAUCCAGUGGUUGGUGAGCACAUUUGGUCUUGGUAAUUACUUGUUUCCUCAGCCUUUGUAACUAGUAUGAAUGGUGACGUUGAAUGGGUGAAAAUGGUGAUAUCUUUAAAACAUUCUGGAAAAUGUUUUGCUGACAAGCUGUUAUUUUCUUUACAGCUGGUGGAGAUAAGAAAGCAGAGGCAGGCGCAGGUUCAGCCACAGAGUUCCAAUUCGUAAGUACUGUAUUGCCUGAUGGUAAUGUAGUCUGAAACAGGUGUUCUCAACUCUGUUCCUGGGGACCCACUCAGUAUGCUGGUUACCAUGACAAGAGUAAAUAAUAAAUGGUCAAAAAUGAUUUUAAGUUUAUUGGAAAGCAUACUGUUGAAAGGUUGUAUACUGUACGUCUAUAUGGUACUAUAAUAGGCAAUUCAAAGCCUUAUUUGUUUGAAUUUAAAUUGAGACUCGACAAUAUGACAUUGCCACGUGCAAUUGUAAUUUGAUUAUAAACUGGUUUGAAAAACUGCAUACAUUGGGUAGCCAGACGCACUGUUCUAACGCAUUGAGUAAAGUUAUUUGGGUAGACAAAUUUGACACUUGUUUUCCUGACCAACUGUCUUGUGAUGUGGAAGCUUAUCCUUUUCUUUGUUUUCAGAGGGGUGGAUUUGGACGUGGCCGAGGACAACAGCCUCCUCAGGAGUAAAUGUCGAUCAAUUACUUUACAAUAAACACACAACACAGCUUUGUCCUUUUCUUUGUCAGUACUUUAAAUAUGGACCAUUCUGGAUUAAUGUAAUGUUCUUUCCACAAUAUGACUUGCAAUGUUUGUGGACUGGGGAGUGUUGUUCAUUUACACACUACAGUAAUUAUACUAGCUAAAGCGUGGCAGAGGUUAUUCAAAGUGCAGUCCUUCAGUCAGGGGUUUAUCAACAACUUAUAGUAAAUACAGGUAUUAAAAGCAGAAUACUAAGUAGGUAGACGCACCUACUGUUACAAUGAUCAUGAAAAGGAUAAUGGAAUCCAGGGCUGAAAUACUGGUGUUUAUUUGUUGGCACAUUUAUCUUCAGUCUUCUCACACUGGCUUAUUCCACAGUCCACUGACUUACACCGUGGAGAAUACAAUUACAAAUAUGUAAGGAAAUUCAAGGCUGAAGUCAAGGGCUUGUGCUGAGGGAAAUGCACACAUUUUA